AAAAAAAAAUUAUUACUAUUUGUUUCUGCAUAUUAGUUUAUAGCUUAUAAAAUAUAAUUAUUAAUUAUCUUAAAUUCUUAUGAACUUCAUUGAAUGAUUGAAAUAAAAAAAAAAAAUAAUAAUUUUGACUUCGGAAUGCGGCUACCAAACUACCUUAACUGAGCUUAACGUGUCACGUGUAUUUGUUAUUGUAAGGUUAUGGAUUGUGGAGUUUUAAUAGAUAACUAUACUUAUUAAUCAAUUACAUAAUAACAUUAAUAAUAGAAAUUUCAACCUAUCAAUAUUAAAAAUAAUUAUAAUUAUAAUUAUAUUCAAUUAAAAUUAAUAAAACAAAAAACAAAAAAACAUGCCUUGUUGGUAUUAUAAUAAAAAUGAAUUGAAACAAACUCCAUCAAUAAUAAAUGAUUUAAUAGAUUAUGAUACAGAAUGUAGAUACAGACAAGAGGGUGUUAGAUUUAUUGUUAAUUUGGGUACCAGUUUGAAUUUAAUAUUCAACAAUACUAUUGCCACUGGUGUAAUUUAUUUUCAUCGAUUCUACAUGAAACAUUCGUUUAAACAAUUUCCACGUUACAUAACGGCGUGCGCCUGUUUAUUUUUGGCUGGCAAAGUUGAAGAAACUCCUAAAAAAUGUCGAGAUAUUAUUGAAACAGCUAAAGUAUUAUUGACUGAACAGAAAUUUUCAUCUAUUUUUGGCAAAGAUCCAAAGGAAAAAAUAAUGACACUUGAAAAAAUUUUAUUACAAACAAUAAAAUUUGAUUUACAAGUUGAACAUCCCUAUAGUUAUUUAUUAAAAUACGUAAAGUGUUUAAAAGGUGAUAAGAGUAAAUUACAAAAAAAAUUACAAAUGGCAUGGAAUUUCGUUAAUGAUAGUUUAAGUACCACAUUGUCAUUACAAUGGGAACCAGAGAUAAUAGCUGUUGCUGUAAUGUAUUUAGCUGGUAAAUUAAGUAAAUUUAAAGUUAUUGAUUGGGAUGGUAGACAACCAAAUCAUUUAAGAUGGUGGGAUAUGUUUGUUGAAGAUAUAACCUUAGAAUUACUUGAAGAUAUUUGUCAUCAAGUACUGGACACAUACACCGUAGAGAAUAAUGCAUUACAAAAAAAUUCACAAUCAAUAACUCCCAAUCCAUUAACGGAACCAAAAUCACCACUAACAUCUACUGAAUCAGUUUCUAAUGGAAUAAACAUAGAGACAUCAUCAGAAGUUCAUCGACCUGAGGUACAAUCAAGCGAUUGUUCAGUGCCAAAGCCAUCAGUCCAAUCAGUUCAAUUAGUUCAACAGCCACAACCAACAACUAGUGUUACUGUGUUACCGACUUACACAGCCUACUCACAAACGUAUUCAGGACCAAGAUCAGGACCAACGUCACUCCCUGUACCUGUACCAGCGCCAUCAAUUUCUUAUUCAAAUAUAUAUCCACCAGCAAAUAUGUCUGUACCACCACCAGUUAAUCCAGUAAAUUCAGUAAAUUCAAUGAAUCCUAUGAUACCAAUGCAUCUAGUCCAACCAAACUAUUCAAUUCCUCCUCCACCAGUUCCUUCUCCAUAUCAGUAUGGUUACCCAAAUCCAAUGUAUUAUUCUGCUCAUAAUCCACCACCAACCAAUCGUCCAUACCAACCAUCAUCAUAAAUUAUAUUAUUUUUAUUAAUAUCUUUUGUAAUAAUGACAAUAAUAAAUAAUUAUUAGUAUUCCAUGAUGUAACUGAAAAAUUUUCUAUUAGCAAUAAAGUAAUUACAAUUCAUUACUUUUAUAAAUACUUAAAUUCUAUGACAACUAAUGUCGUAUACAUAAUAUGCCAUAAUAAAUAUUAGUAAUAAUAAUUUGAUAGUAAAUUUACUAAACGACCAGAUUUGUUUGUAUUUGUUGUAAAAGGAAUCACGGCUUUCCUGGUCUACUUAAUUGACUUAUUAGA